AUGGAUACGGCUCAGCAGCAAUCUGAGUCAUUUGGGACACCGAUGCUGCUCAUGAACGCUGCUACGAUGGGAACCCAAGGAACCCCACUGGCACAGACACAGCCAGACAUGAGGGAUGGAGAAACACCCGAGGAGCCGGAUACCCAGACCUCGUCAAACUCCUCAGCAACUGCUCCGGUCGGUAAAUGCUUCUUUUGUGGGUACAAAAGGCAUCCUCGUCAAAAAUGUCCCGCCAGAGAUGCCACAUGCAUGAAUUGCGACAAGAAAGGGCAUUAUGCCAGGGUAUGUAAAUCUACUCUAAGGAGGAAUAAACCCACUUCUGCGGCUCUCUACUCGCAAAAUAAAUUGACUGCAGCCUCCCCGGGGAAUCUAUCCAAGGCUAUCAUCAACGUGCGAAUUAACGGGCAUAUGGCUGAGGCACUGAUUGAUACCGGUAGCUCUGAAAGUUUCGUCAACAGCUCGCUAGUGAAGGGCAGGAAAUGGGUAAUCCACCCGACUGACAAUACGGUAUGCAUGGCCGCCACCUCACUACAAUCCCGCGUACGAGGGUACUGCAAUGUUGAAUUGGACGUAAAAGGGUACACGCAUCGGGAUGUAAAGGUGCUGGUGCUUCGUGAUUUGUGCGCAGACGUAAUUCUGGGUCAUAAUGUCCUCAAGCAGCACACGAGCGUCGAAAUACCCUUUGGAGGAAGCAAGCCUCGUCUAAUUUUAAAUGCGUUGACCACCGCGGAGGUGACGUCCCCCCAGCUGUUCGCUAACUUGUCGCCGGUCUGCAAACCGAUAGCGAUCAAAUCGCGGCGAUAUACCACUGCUGACAUGAAUUUCAUCACUUCGGAAACCAAGCGAUUACUGGAGGAGGGAAUUAUAGAACCGAGCGAUUCGCCAUGGCGCGCACAGGUGUUAGUAACCAGCAGUCAGAACCAUAAGAAACGGAUGGUUGUCGAUUAUUCCCAAACGGUCAAUCGCUUCACCCAACUCGACGCCUACCCCCUGCCGCGCAUAGAUGAGAUGGUCGAACGCGUGGCCAAUUAUAAGGUAUUCAGUACCAUCGACUUGCGAAGCGCCUAUCAUCAAAUUCCCAUCCGAGAGGAAGACAAACCGUACACUGCAUUCCAGGCAGGGCGGCGCCUCUACCAGUUCAGAAGGAUACCAUUCGGUGUCACGAAUGGAGUAGCUUGCUUCCAACGGGUUAUGGACGACAUCAUCUCAGAUGAAAACCUCGAAGACACUUUUGUUUACGUGGAUAAUGUCACAGUGUGCGGUAGGGAUCAGAGGGAACAUGAUAGGAAUCUGGACAGAUUCUUGAGCAUUGCUGGAAAAUAUAAUCUGACUCUCAACUACGAGAAAUGCGUAUUCUCGGCAAGGUCAAUUGACCUUCUCGGCUACACAAUAGCCGACGGCACAAUUAAGCCUGAUCCUGAGCGAUUGCGCCCGCUCCGUGAGCUUCCACCACCUCAGGACUUGCAAACAAUGCGCCGGGUGAUCGGGAUGUUCGCUUACUAUGCAAGAUGGAUUUCGCAAUACUCCGAGAAAAUACAUCCCCUAGUGCAUUGCAAAAACUUUCCACCAGAUGCCGCUGUCGUAAGAGCUUUCCACGAUCUCAAGGAUGAUAUCAGUAAGUCCGUGGUUUUAUCGAUCGACAGCUCGGUGCCCUUCGUGGUGGAGACCGACGCUUCAAAUCACGCCAUAGCUGCUACACUUAAUCAGUCUGGGCGGCCGGUCGCUUUCUUCUCGAGAACUCUCUCUAGAAGCGAGCAGAGACACUCGGCAAUAGAGAAGGAGGCGUACGCCAUCGUCGAAGCGCUGCGUAAAUGGAGACAUUAUUUACUGGGAAACCACUUCACGCUCGUUACGGACCAACGAUCCGUGGCUUUCAUGUUUGAUGGGAAAAAUAACGGGAAAAUUAAGAAUGAAAAAAUUAUGAGAUGGCGGAUAGACCUAGCCUGCUACAGGUACGACAUUGUUUACCGGCCCGGGAAGGAAAACCCUGCUGCAGAUACCUUCUCCCGGGUCUACAGUUCGGCAACAAUCAGUCAGGCUUUGCAAGACCUCCAUGUGUCUCUGUGCCACCCAGGGGUAACCAGGAUGGCACAUUUCGUACGCAGACAAAAUCUUCCCUAUUCUGUUGAAGAUAUUAAACAAAUGAAUGCUUCAUGCCCUGUUUGUGCUGAACUAAAACCCAGAUUCUAUGGCGCGGCUUCUGGCAGACUGAUCAAGGCUACUUCCCCCUUCGAGAGACUAAACAUCGACUUCAAAGGGCCCCUACCGACCGAAACAGACAACAGAUACAUAUUCACCGUUGUUGAUGAAUAUUCAAGGUUCCCUUUCGCGUUUCCGUGCUCGGAUAUGACCUCGGGCACUGUCGUAAAAUGUCUCUCUGACCUCUUCGCUAUGUUUGGGAGACCUUCGUACAUACAUUCAGACAGAGGGCCGUGUUUCAUGUCGGCCGGGCUAAAACAAUUCCUAUUAGAGCACGGCAUAGCAACUAGUCGAACGACGGGUUACAACCCACAGGGAAACGGGCAGGUGGAACGGUAUAAUGGAGUUAUUUGGAAAGCC